AAAGAAUAUCAGAGCGCUUCUCUCUCUCUCUCUCUCUCUCUCUCUAAACCCUAGAAACCGUCUUUCGUUUCACGGUAAAUCUCUCUUUAACACUCCCCUACUCUCUCCUUCCCUCUCCAGCACUUUCUCUGCGUGUGUUAAAGUUCAUUAGGAAAAACAUACUUCUGCUCUUCGUGUUUGGAGGGUUGUUGAUCUAUUCGAUUGGUUUCGCCUGCUCGGAUCCGAUUGUUGCCUACUGAAAUUCUUGAGUUUCGAGGCUUCCAUUGACACAUCAUGGAUUUUCAGAGUAUCUUCCAACUUGAUAGCUCCUGAGAUCCUAUUUUGUGUUGCAUCCAGUGGCAGUUUGAUUCUACAGCCUCCUGUAGUAGACGCCUAGUUUCCCGCUUCUUCUUGGUGUUCUUGGUAGUUUAAAUUUUGUGGAGAAGAGAAGUAAUUGCUUAAAAAUAAAAAUGACGGUCAGAACACCAGGAACACCAGCUUCAAAGAUUGAUAGGACACCGGCAUCAACCCCUGGAGGGUCCCGAGCUAGGGAAGAGAAGAUUGUAGUUACAGUACGGUUAAGGCCGUUAAGCAAAAGGGAGCAGUUAGCCAAAGACCAAGUGGCAUGGGAGUGCAUUGAUGAUCACACAAUUGUGUACAAACCACCACCUCAGGACCGAUCAGCUCAAUCAGCCUCAUUCACAUUUGAUAAAGUUUUUGGUCCUGUGAGUCCAACUGAAGCAGUAUAUGAGGAAGGAGUAAAGAAUGUUGCCCUAUCUGCUUUGAUGGGCAUCAAUGCAACUAUUUUCGCAUAUGGACAAACUAGCAGUGGUAAGACGUACACAAUGAGAGGAAUAACUGAGAAAGCUGUUAAUGAUAUCUACAGGCAUAUAAUAAAUACCCCUGAGAGAGAUUUCACAAUAAAAAUUUCUGGACUCGAAAUAUACAAUGAGAAUGUUAGAGACCUGUUAAAUUCAGAAUCUGGUCGCAAUCUGAAGCUGUUGGACGAUCCAGAGAAAGGUACUAUGGUUGAGAAGUUGGUAGAGGAAACAGCAAGUGAUGAUCAGCACUUGAGACAAUUGAUCAGUAUUUGUGAGGCUCAAAGGCAAGUUGGUGAAACUGCCCUUAACGAUAACAGCUCGCGGUCACACCAGAUAAUAAGGCUGACAAUUGAAAGUACUCUUCGUGAAAAUUCUGAUUGUGUGAGGUCUUUUGUCGCAAGCUUGAAUUUCGUUGAUCUGGCUGGGAGUGAAAGAGCUUCACAGACACAUGCAGAUGGUGCUAGGCUCAGGGAAGGAUGCCAUAUUAACCUUAGCUUGAUGACACUUACCACCGUAAUUAGAAAGCUCAGUGUUGGCAAAAGAACUGGCCAUAUACCCUACAGGGACUCAAAACUCACUCGUAUAUUGCAGCACUCACUUGGUGGGAAUGCACGCACUGCCAUCAUAUGUACUUUGAGUCCAGCACUGAGUCAUGUUGAACAAUCUCGAAAUACUCUUUUCUUUGCCACCCGGGCGAAGGAAGUAACGAAUAAUGCACGAGUUAACAUGGUUGUUUCAGACAAGCAGCUAGUGAAACAUUUACAGAAGGAAGUAGCCAGGCUGGAAGCAGAACUGCGCACUCCUGAUCCAUCAAAGGAAAAUGAAUUGAAAAUCCGGCAGAUGGAGUUGGAAAUUGAAGAAUUGAGACGCCAAAGAGAUCUUGCACAAACUCAGGUGGAUGAAUUACAAAAAAAACUUCAGGAGGACCAGCAGGGUUUAAACCCAUUUGAAUCACCCUGUCCAUCGGUGAAGAAGUGUCUCUCCUAUACUGGUGUGCUAUUACCAAAACUUGAAGGCAAGGAGAUAGGUCAUGCUGACAAAGUAAGAAGUGUGAUGUUAAGGCAAUCAGUGAGGCAGUCAUCAACUGCACCAUUCACCCUAAUGCAUGAAAUUCGCAAACUAGAACAUCUUCAGGAGCAGCUUGGAGAAGAAGCAAAUCGAGCACUUGAAGUACUGCAAAAGGAAGUGGCUUGUCAUAGACUAGGUAACCAGGAUGCAGCUGAAACAAUUGCAAAACUGCAGGCAGAAAUAAGGGAAAUAAGUGCUGUGCGUUCAGAACCCAAAGAAGUUGAAGUUGGAAGUAUAGUUGCUCCAAAUAAGAGUGUCAGUGCUAAUCUGAAGGAAGAGAUUACAAGACUUCAUUCGCAGGGCAGCACCAUCGCCAACCUUGAGGAGCAGCUUGAAAGUGUUCAGAAGUCAAUAGACAAAUUGGUAAUGUCUCUUCCAAGCAAUACCCAUCAGUAUAACAGUGAAUCACUGCCCAAGACUAAGAAGGAAUCAAAAAAGAAGAAGUUACUUCCUUUGGCUUCAAGUAAUACUGUCAACCGGCAAAAUUUUAUAAGAUCUCCUUGCUCCCCACUGUCUGCUUCUCAGCAAAUUUUGGUUCCUGAUAUUGAAAAUAGAUCUCCUGAGCAUGAUGAUCAUGUGUCCACUGAGACACUGACAGAGUCUGAAAAGGGGACACCAACAAAGAGUGGAGAAGGUGGAGAUGUCUCAUCUAAGGAAAACAAUUCAGGCUAUAGACGUUCUAGUUCGGUGAACAUGAAGAAAAUGCAGAAGAUGUUCCAAAAUGCGGCAGAAGAGAAUGUAAGAAGCAUAAGAGCAUAUGUAACAGAACUGAAAGAACGUGUGGCUAAACUUCAAUACCAAAAACAACUGCUUGUUUGCCAGGUGCUGGAGCUUGAAGCAAAUGAAGCAGCUGGGUACAAUGUGGAGGAUGAAGAAAACAACACAUUUGAGCCAGCAGAGCCACAGGUUCCAUGGCUAGUAACUUUCAGGGAGCAAAGGCAGCAGAUAAUUGAGUUGUGGGAUGUGUGCCAUGUCUCCAUCAUUCAUAGGACCCAGUUUUAUUUGUUAUUCAAAGGGGAUCCAGCUGAUCAAAUUUACAUGGAAGUGGAGCUUAGGCGGUUGACUUGGUUGCAGCAGCACCUAGCAGAACUCGGGAAUGCAAGCCCAGCUCACAUCAGAGAUGAUCCCCCAAUCUCUUUGUCAUCAAGUAUUAGAGCAUUGAAGCGCGAAAGGGAGUUCCUUGCAAAGAGGUUGACCUCCCAUUUGACUGCAGAUGAGAGAGAUGCAUUGUACAUUAAAUGGGAUGUCCCACUUGAAGGGAAGCAGAGGAAGAUGCAGUUCAUAAACAAACUUUGGACAGAUCCCCAUGAUGCUAAUCAUGUACAGGAGAGUGCUGAAAUUGUGGCAAAGCUGGUAGGGUUCUGCGAAGGUGGCAACAUUUCAAAGGAGAUGUUCGAACUUAAUUUUGUGCAUCCAUCUGAUAAGAGGCAAUGGCUUAUGGGCUGGAAUCAAAUUUCAAACCUUCUUCAUUUGUGAAACAAUUUUAUUUGUUUGUAAGUAACAUUCUUAUCUCUUGUACAUGUAAUUGAGUUUUGGUGCUUUUCUCCGUAAUGUCUUAUUAUUCCUUUCUUGUGUGACUGAUUAAGCCACAUGAUUAUAAAAUAAUUCAUUCCCCCGGUA